GUGUUCUAUCCCAGUUUAACUGCGAUUGUGAAUCUUGUUCGUGUUUGUGACAGUUGCAGAACGACUCUUGAUGUGAGCUUUGCACGGUAGGGGGCAAUGAUACACAAUGCAGCGUCUAGACUGCCGGUCGGAAACAGGAAGAUGAGAUGCCGGACGUGGUGGAAGAAAAACAACAUCAUGGCUGCUGACAGCGAUCCCGAGUCAGAAGUGUUUGAGAUCACCGAUUUUACCACCGCAUCAGAGUGGGAACGUUUUGUGUCUAGGGUUGAGGAAGUGCUGAAUGACUGGAAGCUGAUUGGCAGCUCUGCAGGAAAGCUGUCCCCAGAGAAGGGUGAAUACACCAGUGGCACCUGGGGGGAGAAGUCCCAGGACAUACAUUUUGCUGACUUUAAGUUCUACAUAACUCAUUACUUCCUGAAACAAGCUUAUGAGAAGAAUGAUGGGAAGGACAAGUUUGAAGAAGAUGCCUUCCCCUUGGCAAUGCAGGACCUUCUGUGCAUGAACAAUGAUUUCCCUCCUCGAGCUCACUGCCUGGUUAGAUGGUAUGGUAUACGAGAGUUUGUGGUCAUCAGCCCUGGAACCAACUGUGAGGCCAUCAUUAGCGAGUCCAAAUGCAAUCUGCUUCUCAGCUCCCUCUCCAUUUCUCUGGCCAACACCGGCUGCCAGGUGCCCAUGUUUGUGCAGAUCCAGCAGAAGUGGAGGCGGAUGUAUGCUGGUGAGUGCCAGGGACCAGGUGUGCGCACUGACUUUGAGAUGGUUCACCUCCGCAAGGUGCCAAGCCAGUACAACCACCUGUCUGGCCUGCUUGACAUCUUCAAGUCGAAGAUAGAUUGUACCCUGUCCCAUUUACCUCCAGUCAACAUUGCCAUCCGUUUUACCUACAUUCUCCAGGACUGGCAGCAGUAUUCAUGGCCACAGCAGCCUCCAGACCUUGACUCGCUCCUUGGAGGAGAGGUGGGAGCGGUGGAGUUUGGAAAGCUUCCUUUUGGAGCCUGUGAGGAGCCAAUCAGUGAACUUCACCUUGCAACCACUUGGCCUCACCUGACAGAAGGCAUAGUUGUGGAUAAUGAUGUCUACAGUGAUCUUGAACCUCUCCAAGCUCCUCACUGGUCAGUCCGAGUCAGGACAGCUGAAAACCCUCAGUGUUUGCUUGGUGACUUUCUGACCGAGUUUUUUAAGCUCUGCUAUAGGAAGGAGUCUACAGAAGAGAUUCUGGGAAGAGGGCUGGCUGAAGAAGAGGGCAAAGAAAAUAGUGACAUCAGCUCUGCUUUGUCCAAGCUUACAGAGCCAGCAACAACAGUGCCCAUCUCCAAACUGUCCGUUUCCAAUAUGGUGCACAGCGCCCGAAAGCACAUCCGACGCCACAGACGCAUUGAUGAGUCACCACUCAACUCUGACUUACUCAGUUCUGUCCUUCUGUAUCUCUUCCCAGAUGCUGCUGUGGAGAAGUCAUCAGAGAAUAGCAAGAAUAAAACAACACAGGCAAACACCUGUGGGAAAGUCGAGCAAGAUAAGACCUCCGACUAUCUGAAGUCAGCACCAAGUGACAGUCUGACUUACCGCCUGGCACUAUGCAUCUGUCUGGUGAACUACACCCAUGGUGGGCUGCGGGCUGUUGCCCACCUCUGGCAGGAGUUUGUCCUAGAAUUGCGCUACCGCUGGGAAAACAGCUACCUCAUCUACGGACUGGUUGGUGGACCUCCUGAUCUUCGCUGUUGUCUUUUGCAUCAGAAACUCCAGAUGAUGAACUGUUGCAUCGAGAGGAAGAGGGCCAGAGAUGAAGCUCGCAAGGUGCUGGAGGGAAGCAAAGAGAGAGAAUGCAAGGUGUCCAGUGGCUAUCAGAACAGCCGCCCUAUAUCAGAGUCUGCAGCACCUGCAUCUGUCACAACAAAGGAGGGGAAAUCCUGGGACUCCUUGAGUGACAGUGAGGAUGAGUUCUUUGAGUGCCUGAGUGACCAGGGGGAGAUAGAGGCUCCACAGCGUGAUGGAGAAAGGGAUGGCAGCAAAGAUAAAGCUGAGGGCCGGCUGCACCCCUACAACAAUAUGACUCUACUCAACUCUACAGAGCCUCUCUACGUUCCCGUCACACAGGAACCUGCUCCCAUGACAGAGGAUCUGCUAGAAGAGCAGUCUGAAGUGUUGGCCAAACUGGGCACAUCUGCUGAGGGCUCCCACCUCCGUGCCCGCAUGCAGAGUGCCUGUCUGCUGUCUGACAUGGAGUCCUUUAAGGCAGCUAACCCAGGCUGUGUCCUGGAGGACUUUGUUCGCUGGUACUCUCCCAGAGAUUACAUAGAGGAGGAGGUGAUUGACGAGAAGGGUAACACAGUGGUCAAAGGCAUGCUUAGUGCCAGGAUGAAGAUCCCAGGGAACAUGUGGGUGGAGGCUUGGGAGACAGCCAGGGUUAUACCUGCACGCCGCCAGAAAAGACUUUUUGAUGACACUAAGGAGGCUGAAAAGGUUCUGCACUACUUGGCGAUGCUGAAGCCUGCAGAGCUGACCCGCCUUCUCCUGCCCUGCAUACUCCAUGCUGCUAUUCUAAAGUUGAAGGAGGAAGAGUCAGUAGAAGACAUUCCAUCAGUCAGAAAACACAUUCAGCAAGCUAUAGCUCAAGCCAGCAAGCUGCUGCACCCCACCAGCCAAGACUUCAAGAAGUUAGAGGAUUUCAUUAACCAGUUGAUGGCCAUGGAAGCAGUCAUCACCCAAGCUCGCUCGCUCAAGUCCAAGUUUGCCAUCAGUGAGAGUGAGAGUGCAGAUGAACUAAAAAAGUUUGUGAGCUUGCUGCUGGAAGAACCAGAGGUGGUGGUGAUCGGAGCUGGCCAGGGUCCAACUGGCAGCAUCAUCCACAGGCUGUUUGUCAAUGCUCAGAGGCUGGCUGACUUCACCAGUGAUGAGGGCACCACCCUCGCACCACUGGACGAAGACUUGGGCCAUGACAGCAAGCCAACUGGAGCAAGCACCAAAGUACCUGACUUCCCUUUUCCGGCAGGCCGGGAGAUUUUGCUGCGUACAUGUGUCCCCCGGCCAACGCCAUAUUCCAAAGCUCUGCCCCAGCGCCUCUUCUGUGUGCUGAUGAAGGAGGAGUUCAGGCUGGCAGGGGCCUUCUCUUCAGACACUUCCUUCUUUUGAGAUCAUAGGACACGGUAUCUGAAGGCCUGUUCCAUUUGCUGGUGAUUAGUCACACCUUGAAGGGGGAACAGUUAAACAAAUGAGGUGACCCAUUCAGGAUUCUGUUUGUUAGUCCUCUACUGGUUUAAAGAGUUUGUAGGCUCAAAACUGGUGGAUGUUUUU